GAAACUGUCAGGUUGCUGCUAAGGAAGCCGCGGCUCUGGCUGUUGUCUCCUCGGCGUCACGGCGAAGAGAAGCAGAGAGCGUAGUCCUGGUUUGCGGGGAGCUUGGACGCAUUUGCACAAAAUGUCAUCAGAUGAGGAGAAAUGCUCAUUUCCAGUUAUGCAAAGCAGCUCUGACAGUUCCGUCUCUUCAGAUCUUCAGGAAGAAUAUGAAGAGUUGCUUCGCUACGCUAUAGUGACUCAAAAUAUUGAAUCAAAUGCUUCACAUCAAGUACCAUCUUAUGCUAAGGGAGAUGCUAUGCCAGAUGUUCGAAUUCCUAUCCUAAUCGAUGAUGUUCUUCAUAAUCAAGCAGGAAGUGGCCCUGCAGCAAGAGAACCAAGAUCGGAAGUUGGAAAAGGAUAUGAUUUAAAUACCUCAAUUCUUUCAAAGGCAGAUGGGCCAUCGCCACUGUCUUCACCAAGGAAACCUUCUCAUCCAGUCAUGGAUUUUUUCAGCUCAAAUAUUUUAGGUGACUCUUCCUCCCCGGGGUCUAAUUCUACCCGUCCAGAUGUCCAGGAAGCCAACAUGGGUGAUUUUGUGGUUUCUCCUGAAAGCCUCCAGAAAGUGGAAAACAUCCUUGAUCUUUGGAGCUCAGGGAUUAAGACAAACAUCUUAUCAGAAUUAACGAAGUGGAGACUUAACUUUAUUGACUGGCAUCGGAUGGAAAUGAAAAAAGAGAAAGAUCGGCACGCAGCAGAUUUGAAGCAGCUGCACAGCCAGAUCAAUAGCUUGAAGGAGCUACAAAAGGCUUAUGAGGUCUCCAUUGGGAGAAAAGAUGAGGUGAUUUCUAGCUUGUCUCAUGCCAUAGGCAAGCAAAAGGAAAGAAUAGAGUUGAUGAGAACUUUCUUCCACUGGCGAAUUAAUCAUGUCAGAUGCAGACAGGACGUUUAUGAAGGUAAACUAGCUGACCAGUAUUUCCAGAGGACUCUGCUGAAGAAGGCCUGGAAAGGCUGGCGCUCCAUAGUGCAGCGGCAGUGGAAAGAAGUUGUGGAGCGUGCUUGCCAGGCAAGAGCUGAGGAAGUCUGUGUCCAUAUUUCUAAUGACUAUGAAGCCAAAGUUGCGAUGUUGUCUGGAGCUUUGGAAAAUGCAAAAGCUGAGAUCCAGAGAAUGCAGCACGAAAAAGAGCACUUUGAAGAUUCCAUGAAGAAAGCAUUCAUGAGAGGUGUAUGCGCAUUAAACCUUGAAGCCAUGACUAUGUUUCAGAACAGAAAUGAAACGGGGAUAGACGUGACAAACAUUAAGAAGGAUGAGUACGGCUCUGGUACUCAAGGAAAAGAGCAUCCUGUUCCUCUGGAUCCUUCCGCUCCUUCUGCACCGUCGUGCAGCACGCGGGCCGCCACGCCCCCGGCUGCGGCUGCAGGAGCAUCCAGCACCGCAGUCUUCCCCUCCGGGGCGUCUGUCACCACCUCCGGCGCUGCUUCUGCGUCCUUCCACUUUCCCGUGUCUUCUCAUCUUGGUACUGGAUCUUCAGUUGCUGCUGCACCAGAAGAGAUGUAUGUUCCCAGAGUUGUAACAUCUGCACAGCAGAAAGCAGGAAGAACAAUUACAGCCCGAAUCACAGGAAGAUGUGAUUUUGCUUCAAAAAACAGAAUUAACAGCAGUUUGGCAAUUAUGGGAGUUUCUCCACCCAUGAGCUCAGUUGUUGUUGAAAAACAUCAUCCUGUCACAGUGCAAACCAUCCCUCAAGCUACUGCAGCAAAAUAUCCCCGGACUAUUCAUCCUGAAACGAACGCCUCAACUUCCAGAUCUCUGGGAACCAGAUCGGCUCACACCCAGUCUCUCUCAAGCGUUCAUUCCAUAAAAGUGGUUGACUAAACAAACAUGUUUAUGGUGAAGUCUUUUCAUUCCUCUGGUUUAUAAAGAAUUAGAGGUCUUUAAUUUUUCGUUCUUCCAUAUUCUUAGUACAUUAAGGAUAUAUCAUGUUCAUUUUCCCAAAAUUACAAGAGACUUUUAAAAACCAUACCGUCCUUUGUAAUUAUAUGUAGAAUAAAUUUAAUAUUAUUUUUAUCUAAUUAAGUAAAAGUUUUUUUUAAUUAAAAAUACCAUGGACUCUUUUUCUUCUUAAUAUGUUCAGCCUGUAACAAUAUGUCAUUAAGGUAUAUAAAUCCUGCUUUGUUUUUUCUCUGUUAUUUCCAAAAGACUAAUUCCCAGUGUUGUCAACUAAACUUAAAAGAGAUCCCUAAAAAAAAAGAUGUCUAAGGGACUGGAGAAAUAGCGUGGCAGAGUAAGGCAUUUGCCUUGCAUGUGGCAACCCUGGUUCAGACCAUAGCACCACAUUUAGUUCCCCAAGCACCACCAGCAGUGGUGAUCCCUGAAUGCCUCUGACUGUGAUCUCCACAAAUUUACUAAAAGUUAAUAAGGUUAAUAGAAACUAGGGUAAUUUUAUUUUUAUAUUGAAAAGAUAAAGGCCGAAAGUACUAAUAAUUCUUCUCACAGUUUUUUUGUAACUUUAGAGUACUCAUCUUUAUUUUUCUAAGACUUAACAAUUAAAAGCAGAUUUUGAGAGGCUGGAAUGACAUUUUAGUGAGUAAGGCACUUGCUUUACAUGGGAGCUCCAACCAGGAGUAAGCCCUUAACACAGCCAGGUGUGACCUAAAAACCAAAAACAUUAAAAAUAAGGUAAGAACAGAUUUUUUUAAAUCUAUAGCAUUAAAACCUGCAUUAUGCUCUCUAGACACCCAAAGAUUGUCAAACUAUUGGGUAGCCUGAACAGACUCAACCUUCUCAGCCUGGAUGGAGACCUCAGUGGUGGCCAGUAGGAAGAAACCAUCGCUAUAAAACUACAUCAAACUCUCGGGCUGCAGGGAGCUCGGACCAUCAAACCGUUGGACCCCAAGAGCCGGCACCAGUGCUGCGGAGCAGGGGCGGGAAUGGGGCCCGCCCCCCCUUUUCAAUAAAGUUGCUGGUGCUGAAAAAAUUAAAAAUAAAAGUAAAAAUAAUAAAACUACUUCAAAGAACAAGGUCAGCCUCUCAUGGUUUGCAGGCUCUGCAAGCUGCAUGGGAUAUCUUGGACCAGACAUGUAAUAUAUAUGACUCUCGGGCUCCUUACUUAUGAAACAGAUUUACCUACUCUACCUAUUUCACAAAGUGCAUAAAAGUACAUGUUGCAUAAAAACGCGUCCAUUGAGAAGAAUCUGUCCUCAGCCUAAAUUUCCAUAGCUUUAAUAAAUGGUCAUCAUUUACAUCCAGCAUAAAAAACAUGUAUAAUUGUAUGUUGAUUAUAGAAUAAUUUGAAAUUGUUCAUGAUUUUAUCUCUGAUUCAGAUUUGAGAAUGGAAAACCUUAAAUUAUAAUGACUAAGGAAUAUAAAUUGAUACCAAAUUUCAUAGUUUCCCAUUACAAAAAUAAUGUUCAGGGUGAAAAAUAUAGUAAAGUAUAGAAAAAUACAACAUUAAAAUUAUCUGUAAUUAUACCAUCAAGAGGUUAGAAAAACACUUGAUAGAUACAUUUUUAGUCUUUUGUAAUACAUGUGUUAACUUAUUUCCAUUUUUAAUUUUUGUUGACUUGCUAUUUUAUAAUAUGAAGGAAUUUCAGAGAGGGGUUAGCUUCAUACUGAUAUGUGUGUAACUGGAGUUCCCAUGACAUCUUACCACCAAAAAGACCUUCUACUCAUUCUUCCCUCUACUUUCCCUCUGGUGAUUACCACCACAGUUUUAACUUGAAUCUUAGGAGUUUGUUUUGUUGCUACUUGCUAGUUUGUUAGCUUUAGUAAUUUAUAUUCCACAUAUGAAUGAAAUCAUACAGUAAUAAACCAUCCAAUUGUCUUUCACUUAUUUUGCUAAGCAUAACCACCUCAAGUUCCAUCUAUUUUGUCCCAGCAGACAGGAUUUCCAUUGGUGGUGGGAAAUGUGAAGGAUGUCUAGAAGGAUCCAGUGUUGGAACAUUGUAUGACUGAAACCCAAACAUGAACAACUUUGUAAUUGUAUAUCUCACAAUGAUUCUAUGUUAAAAGAAUGUCAUUACAUUCAUCUUGAAAUGACAUAAAAGGAUCUGCUGAGUAUAUAUAUAUACAGCACAGGCCUGGAGAAAUAGUACAGCACGUAGGGCACUUGCUUUGCAUGUGGCUGACCUGGGUUCAAUCACCAGCAACGCCUGUGGUCCCUGAGACCCGCCAGGAGUGAUCUCUGAGUUCCGAGCUAAGAGUAAAUCCUGAGCACCACCGAGUGUGGCUCAAAAACCAAAAUAAUAAAAUAUAUUCACACAGCAAAUUUAUCUGGUUGCCCAUGGCUGGACACUUAGAUUAAUUCCAUGGUUUGACUACUGUGAUAAGGCUAUGACAUGGGGGUGAAGAUACUAUGAAUUAGUGAUUCCACCUUCUUUGAAUAAAUGUCUUGGAGUGGUAUUGUUGGGUGAAACAUUUUUAUUAAUUUAUAUUCCUGCUUUUGGACCCGGCUGUGGAGCGAGCAUGAUGGAGGGGCCCGAGGGAGCGCCCUCGGACCCCAAGCAGCCCACUGAACUAAUUCCGGCAUGGGACCAGAGACCCCACGGCGUGCUGAAGCAGUGGGACCCGGGCAUCCCCCAAUUCUUUUAACCUGUCUCUCUCUCAACUCCUCCCUCCUGAGCACAGCGCAGGGGCCGCGGUUUUCCUGAGCGCAAAAGGGAGACGCCGAGCCUCUCUCUAGGUUUCUCCAUCUUAUGAGCACCAUAAAAGGGUAAAAGUUUGUAGUGAUGUUAUUUCUGGUUGUACUUUCCCUGGACUUUAUACAGAAACCCAAAACCGCGAGGCCGCGGCAGCGGCCGCGCGACUUAAUGUCAUAUUAGUAUGAGCAAUAUGUAAUGGUUCCUUUCUAAUGGGGCGGACUUUUGUGGGAGAUCCUAAUUAGUAAGUCUGUUGCUGAAAUAUUGAAGGCAAUCAAAGUGGUAGCCAUCUCACUAGACUGAACUAAGCUAUAUCCCCACGCCGGUUGAGAAGAAAUUUUCUUCUUUCUCGGGAAGAAAUGCGGUGUGUCAUCAACUACAGUGUGAUGUCCAUUAAGCAAGCAGACCUGGUGGCGUGGGAAUGGGAUAUAAGGGGAAAAAUUAUGUACAAGGAACAGCGGGACGCUGGUGGAAUCUCGAGCCGGAGCCGAUACCAGCGCAAGACCUUCGGGUCCAGAGACUGCUUGGAGACACUCUACUAGUCUAUCAACUAAGCCAGAGCCCCACGCCUGCUGAUGACGGGAAAUAACCAUCCUUUUCGGUUUUUUUCCCUUGUCAGGCAGCGUGGCGAUUACUAAAACAGGCGUGAACUCGGUGGCGCGGGGCAAGGGGGAAAAAGAAAAACUAUGUAACAAACAGCGGGACUUAAUAUCUCUAUAUUCUUAGCAAUGGAGAACUAUCAAAUGCCUCCUUGGCAAUAGGACUGCUUUUAUUUUUUGGGGGAAACCCCAACAACGGUAGUGAGUUGUGUGUCGAAACAUGGAAUGUAAUCGAAAUAAGGCGUAAACGAA